CCCGCGGAGCUCCACCGUGCCCGGAACGGUCUGCAGGACCAGGAGCUCCCGCGGCCGGAACCCUCUGGCCCCGGGUGGCCGCUGCGGCCCGAGCAGCUUGGCGAGGAAAGAUGGCCGCCCUGACGACGGUCGUGGUGGCGGCAGCGGCCACCGCGGUAGCCGGGGCUGUGGCGGGGGCGGGCGCGGCCACCGGGAGCGGAGUGGGAGCAGCGCAGGUGCCGCAACAGAAUGAUAGCUGUUUCGGUACUUCAGGUGGGAUUCGUCCUUUUCACCUUCAAAACUGGAAGCAGAAAGUUAGUCGGACAAAGAAAGCAGAGUUCAUGCGCACAGCAGAAAAAUUAAAAAAUCAAGUUAUUAACAUAGAAAAAGAUAAACACAGUCAUUUCUGCAACCAAAAAAGUGACUUCAGAAGUGAGCAUAGUAUGCUGGAAGAAUUGGAAAAUAAAUUGAUUAACAGCAGGAAAACAGAAAGAGCAAAAAUCCAGCAACAAUUGGCCAAAAUACAUAACAAUGUAAAGAAACUUCAGCACCAGUUAAAAGAUGUGAAGCCUACACCUGAUUGUGAGUGAAUUUAGA